GAGGCUGGUUCGCUGUGCGUCCUUCAGGCUGACAGCUGCUGCACGCGCUCCGGCAGACACACAAGCGAGAUUUAAAAGAGGCAGUUUUGAGUUUAAAGGGUAAUUCUUGUGUUCUGUUUAGGAUUAACGUUUGAGGAGGAUCCUGAGUGGUUUAUCGUAUCAUUCCUGUAAAAGAACUGCUGCAGUGUGAUUCGACCCAGAAAACCUUCAUCCGGAACCAAAGAGGCCGAGCAGCAGCUGAGUGAACCCAGAGAGAACCCGUCCAGAUUCAACCUGCAGCAGAUAAUUCAGCCCACGGAGACGGUGAGCCAUGGCGGUGCAGGUUACGGAGUCCGACCAGAUCAAACAGUUUAAGGAGUUUCUGGGAACGUACAACAGAGUGACGGAGAACUGCUUCAUGGACUGUGUCAAAGAUUUCACCACAAGAGACGUCAAGCCUGAGGAGUCCAGCUGCUCCGAGUCCUGCCUGCAGAAGUACCUGAAGAUGACGCAGCGGAUCUCCAUGCGCUUCCAGGAGUAUCACAUUCAACAGAAUGAGGCUCUGGCCGCCAAGGCCGGCCUGCUGGGACAGCCUCGCUGAGUUACUCUGACGAAGAAACCGGACCAGUUCUGGUCCAGCAGGUCCACAACCACCAGAACACAUUCAACAGCCGCAGCUCUUCAUGCUCCAGUGUACAACUGAGCUGAAGCCCUGCCCUUCCUCACAGAAAGACCCCCCCCCCCUCCUGACCUGAAGCUCCUCCACCAUGUGGUUCCUUCCGUUCCUGAGUCUCAGUGGAAGAAAAAACAAAAUCACUCUUUCAGAUGCUUGUGUCAGAGCACGAUGGGGAAUGUGCUUUUUAGGUUUUGACAUCUGCGCAAAAAUGUUUCAUGUAUCCUUUAAUGUGAUUUUAGUUGUAUGAUGAAAUAAUUUUGUCUUUUUUUUUUAAAGCAAACAUUCAAUCUGAUAUUUGUUUGACAUUUGGAAAUAAAUCUAACAACAGUU